CAAAGAAGACUUCUUGUUUCUGAGGCUGGCAAGGGCAUAAAAUGAUAUGAAAGUUUCUUGACAGUGAUCAAGGUUUCAAGGAAGAUUUUUCCAAGUACCUACUAUGGUCAAAACACCUCGUGGGGAUGUUCUGGAGAAUGUGAGCUUCUGGCUUAACCCUCAAAACUUUGAAAGCAAUGGCUGAAAAAGAAAGAUGAUCUUCUGGAGGGCUCCCUCUUGAAAUGAUUGAAGUUCACCACAAUUGGCAUGUUUGGCUUUUCCCAUCAAAAUCUGGUGUCUUCUUGUGCUGUCCAGCAUCUACUGCAGGUCAGAUGGAGCUUAGGAAGAGCAGGGAGCCCAGUAACAAACGGGUAAAACCCCUUUCCAGAGUUACAUCGCUUGCAAACCUCAUCCCCCCUGUGAAGGCCACACCACUGAAGCGCUUCGGUCAGACCUUGCAGCGUUCCAUUAGCUUCCGCAGUGAGAGCCGGCCCGACAUCCUCACCCCUCGCCCCUGGUCCAGAAAUGCCACCUCCUCGAGCACCAAACGGAGAGACAGCAAGCUGUGGAGUGAGACCUUCGAUGUGUGCGUCAAUCAGAUGCUUACUUCCAAGGAAAUCAAACGGCAGGAGGCAAUCUUUGAGCUCUCCCAAGGAGAAGAAGACUUGAUAGAGGACUUGAAACUGGCAAAAAAGGCCUAUCAUGACCCCAUGUUGAAACUUUCCAUCAUGACAGAACAAGAGUUGAAUCAAAUCUUUGGAACACUGGACUCUCUCAUUCCUUUACAUGAAGCGCUCCUGAGUCAGCUUCGAGAUGUUCGGAAACCUGAUGGUUCAACUGAAUAUGUUGGGCCUAUCCUUGUGGGCUGGCUGCCUUGUCUCAGCUCCUAUGACAGCUACUGCAGCAAUCAAGUAGCCGCCAAAGCUCUGCUGGACCACAAAAAACAAGACCACCGAGUUCAAGAUUUUCUACAGCGAUGUUUAGAAUCCCCGUUUAGCCGCAAACUAGAUCUCUGGAAUUUCCUUGAUAUCCCAAGAAGCCGUCUGGUGAAAUACCCUCUACUGCUUCGAGAAAUCUUGAGGCACACACCAAAUGAUAAUCCAGAUCAGCAGCACCUGGAAGAAGCUAUAAACAUCAUUCAGGGAAUUGUGGCAGAAAUCAACACCAAGACUGGAGAAUCUGAAUGCCGCUAUUAUAAAGAGCGACUUCUUUACUUGGAAGAAGGCCAGAAAGAUGCUCUGAUCGACAGUUCAAGAGUGCUGUGUUGUCAUGGUGAACUGAAGAACAACAGAGGCGUGAAACUGCAUGUUUUCCUCUUCCAAGAAGUGCUUGUGAUCACACGAGCCAUCACCCACAACGAACAGCUCUGCUACCAGUUGUACCGGCAGCCCAUCCCGGUGAAGGAUCUGCUACUAGAAGACUUGCAAGAUGGAGAAGUGAGGCUGGGUGGCUCGCUGCGUGGGGCUUUCAGCAACAACGAAAGAAUUAAAAACUUCUUCAGAGUAAGUUUCAAAAAUGGAUCCCAAAGCCAGACUCACUCGCUCCAGGCUAACGACAGCUUCAACAAACAGCAGUGGCUCAACUGUAUUCGUCAAGCCAAAGAGACAGUCCUGUGUGCAGCUGGGCAGGUGGGGGUGCUUGACUCCGAGGGACCAUUUCUCAGCCCCACCUCUGGUAGCAGAGAGCCACAGAGAGAAUCCAAACUUGAGCAGAUGGACCAAUCGGACAGUGAGUCUGACUGUAGCAUGGACACCAGUGAAGUCAGCCUUGACUGUGAACGCAUGGAACAGACAGACUCCUCCUGUGGGAAUGGAACGCCUGUUGAAAGCAACGUCUGACAGAAGUGUGUGUACUUCCCAGAAGUAGCCCUGUGUCUUACCUGUACAAGUAUUUGCAUUCCACACAUGGAACGGUUUGGAGAAGCACUUUUUAAUCCUUUGAUGACUGUGGUGACCCAGUCUCUUGUAUCUGUACCUUUAUCCCUAGUACUGUAACUGCCAUUCUGUUUGGAUAAGCUGGCAUCUGGCAACUCUUACCCUGUAUUGUAUUUCACAAGUGUCAGGAUGGAUGGAGAGGUACUUGAACAAGUUAUAUUCAGUUGUCCUGCUGGAUUUAAAAAAAAAAUUGAAGGAAAUAAGAUCUCUAAACUACUGUUUCAUGUAGAUUGUUGGAAGAGUCCCUGUGUGUUCCUCAAAUGCUUUCUUAAGCUCUUUGACAUGGUAACUGAAGGGCUGGAAUUGAGAGCCCUGCAGACAGGGCAUGAGGAAGUCACUCAUGUAUUGCAAUGGCACCCAAAGAAGAGCUGUAAAAGAUCAGUGCUUAGAGUGAACAUAUUUCGAUAUUAUCCAGCUAGAAUGCACAAAAUCAUUCCUGGGGAUUCUGGAGGAUUAAUUUUACAAAGGAAGCAACACUGUCUUGACCCUGUAAUUUCAUCAGUACAGAUCCGAUGCAAACAUCUCCUGGGACAGGAGAUAGAGUCUGACCUUAAACGGACGAGCACAAAAGCAGCUGUCAGCUCUGGAUCUUGCAAUGCAGAGUACCUCACACCAGCAGGGCUCUACCAUCGUGACCAGCUUGUGUGAGAAAGCCACUUCGAGCCUAAGACAGUGGAAAAGAACUGCAAGGGCCCAGGCAGCCUGGUGGGAUUACAAAAUGAUACCAUCUCUUGUUUUAUCUGCUGAGGCCAACAUAUUUUAAAGUUUGAAGGAAGAGAUGAGGAAAGAAGAACUGUGACCCAGUCACUGACUCUGCUUACAGAAAUACGUGGAAAGAAAAACUGAGAAGAACUGCAUCAUGACCUUAUGUGAGAAACAUUGAAGAAGAAAGGCAAGGUUGGCUGCCCUUGCAGGAAAGGCCAGAGCCCUGGGUUUUCCCACUUGGUUUUCGGGUCUUCGUUUGCCAGCUCUGGCUCUGUGCUGAUCAGAAUCAUAAUUAUAUUCUCCCAAGGCCAUCUUCAUUAACUGUGAUUAAUAAGGAAGAGCUAGCCAAACUAGUAACCUCUUUGUCCAGCCUUGAUUUACAGCGCACUGAGGGUCACAGACCUUACUAAGAAACAUUCUCUGACUACGCAGAAAAGCUCCCAACAAGUGUAAAUAUUAAGGAUAAUCUGUGCAAAGUUAUACCCACACCAGCACUCAUAGUAAUGAUUCUAAAUUAUUGCCAAAAAAGUUUCUUUUGUAAUCUUCUGUGUCUUUCAAGUUUACAGAAAGGAAAGCAGUAAAUACUAUGUUGUUGUUUUAUUAUGUACAUCUAUCCUAUGCAUUCGAAGAAGCUAUGUAACAAGAUUUAUCAGUAAAAAUGCAAGGUAUAUUACUUAUUUUUCAAAAAACAAAAGAUAUUGUGGUCAAUUUUGCCCUGUAAAACGUAUUUCUGUAUUUAUAGAUUUUAAACAUGAUGAAUUUUUUUCUAUUACAAGUUUAUUUAAAACUGCUUUGUUUCUAAGUUGUUACGGACUUAGCAAGAACAUGGACCUGUUGCAGAGAGAGGCAGAGGAAAGCCAUGGAGAGUUGUUUCAUGGUGGAGAAAAGAAUGAAUCAUUCUUUGCAGGAGGCAUCAGCCCCUUUGGCCAAUGUGUUGAGAAAGGAGGUCUGUCAAAUGAUAGCCUCUGAGAGGAAAGUCAAGGAACGUUUUGAUAAGUUGGAUGUUUUUGUAUAAUGGCCUUAAACUUUUCUGGAAGCAUUUCAAAUAAAUUGCAUUAAAAAGUCA